CUCGGAUGAUUUUAAUUAGAAACAUAUAUACAUUCAUACAUAAGUGAUAGAACUCUGUUUUGAUGUGUUAGUUUGAAGGAUAAGUUAACCCUUAACAGUUGUGAAAAUUUAUUUUUUUAAUUUUGAAAAUCAUGUGGUCAACUAUAAUAACAGUUUUUGUUUUCUUUUCAGGACUUGGUCAGACGCAGAACAACCGCAUCAACAUCUGCUCCAACAAUUACGUGGCCACACACGCAAAUUCCAUCUACCUGGUCAACCCUUCCUAUCCAUCAAAAGACAAAUACUACGCUAACGUAUGCUGGUGCUACGUAUACUCAACAUCCAAUUCUAUACUAGAAGCAAAGUUUGAAGAGGUCGAAUAUGCCAGCUACCAUUUCAAUUCCUACGCGUAUGUCUAUUUGCGAAGUUACGAGAGGAGAGUCAAAGAGUUCUGCCUCUCAGACACCAAACCAUCAGCUACCAUACUUGCACCGGCGCAAAUCAACAACAUCAUGUUGAGUUACUCACGCAAGGUUACUACUUUUCCAAAACCGGGACAUUUCAGAAUUCUCGUGAAAGCUAAGCCUGAAGAUACAAAACUCUACGUGCAAUGCAAUCAAAAGAUAAAACCGGCAUUGAAGCCCAAUGAAGCGUUGAUUGAAACAACUACCACAACGAUCACCACUACCACCACUACAACAACUACUACUACAACUACUACCACUACAACUACUACUACCACUACUACAACAACUACUACCACUACUACUACAACAACCGGAAUGAGGAAUGAAUCAACUUCAUCAUCAAACAUUCCACCAACGUCAGCUCCGAAGUCAUUAUUCCUGACAACUUGGAACGAUGGAAAGCAAGACAGCAAUGAAUCUAACAACGAGUAUUACGAUGAGGAAGAACACUAUCCGUCUUACGAAGUGCCAAACUGCACCGCUUGCCAUUAUUUACACAACAUGACAUAUAUAAUGAAGGAGCUGAAUGCACCAACGCAUCCCCCUAAAAGUGUAUACAUAGCGGCAGCUGCAGUGGGCAUAAUCGUUGCUGCAAUGGCCGCCCUUGUCGCACUCAUUUUCGUUAGGAAAUUCAAGACCAGAAGAUAUAGAGAACCAAUAGAUGCAGAAAGUUCCAGCUCAAUAAUCUACACGAAAGAUAAGACCUCUCCACUGAACACGCUUGAACAAGAUUUCGAUUCAUAUUAAUCUGCUAUGAUCAUUUCAACUGAAUUUGUUUCAAACCAUAACUAACUUUUAAUUAAUUUUGACACAUUUAUCUUAUCGUGUUGUAUCGUGUGUACUUUAUACAGCCCAAAUCAUCUUGACAGUUUUGAAUGCUUUUCAAAUAGCAUGUCAAAUUUAUUAUUCUUUUACUCAAUUUCAUAUAAAACAAUUUUUUAUUCAGAAAUUUUUUGUUUUUAUGAUUGAAAAUGGAAAUUACUUAGUUUUUGGUUUGCUUGACGUUCUGUGUUGUAAAAUGUUAUUUGUUAAAUAAGUUUUAUUAUAUACACAUCAUUUUUCUGGAAGAGCGCAACCUUGUUUGGUUACUACACAUCUGGCAACUACCCAGGCUUGCCACCUUCCCUGCAACGCCCAGGUAUGGCACCGCCUUUCCUUAAGCGCCAAUGUAAUUAGGCCAUACUAUAAAAUUCAUUUUUAUUUGAGACGGGAAGCGAGCGUCGACUGCAUGCAUACUAAUUUAUUCAUUUCAUCAAGCAUUGUUUGAAAUUCGAUGUUCUUUAUAAAAACGUUUGAAUUUUUGAUGUGGUAAAUAUUUUAUAUAGCUAUUUGAUUCAAAAAUUUAAUAGUCAUUGCUCAGUUUUGAUGUCUACUUUUCCUAAAUGUCUCUUUUUAAACUUAUUAUUCAUCCGUCGUUUUCAUCAUUAACUCAUAAAUAAUUUUUCAAAUUUUAAUAAAAAAUCACAGCAUACAGUGUGUACAAUACAAAUGAUUGAAAUAA